AUGAGCGCCAAACGCUAUGCUUUUCUCCCGAUGGAGGAGGCGGGAGAGGAGAAGGGGGAGUCAUCGAAGCAGUCCGCGAAGCAACCCUCGAAAAAAAGGAAGACCGAAGAUACUGCUGCACGGAAUAAGGCGGCGCUACCUGAUAUUCGAGAACGAUCGCGACAAGAAUACCUCAAGAAAAGAGAGGCCGAACGACUUGCUCUCUUGCGAAAGCAGGUUGCAGAAGAGACGGAUGAGUUGAAGAGCGGCGUGCGACUCUCGGAGAAGGAGAAGGCCGAAUUUGCCAAGAACAGAGAGAUCCUGCGCCUGGCCGAAGAACGACUCAAUAUUGACGACCAUCGAGAUGGAUACUACAUGCCCGAGGACUACAUUACCGAGAAGGGACGACUCGAUCGAAAGAAGAAGGAAGAGGCACUCUAUAAGCGACACGUUGAAAAGGACCAGUUCGGGCGAGAGAAAUUUGUUACUGAGCAUGAAGAAUGGGAACGGGAACAAACGACAAAGGUGAAAGCGCAAAUCCAGCGCGCUGAACGAGAGAACAACGAUUACGAUCUUGUUAUGGAUGAAUCACAAUAUAUUCAGUGGAAAUCGGACGCCAAACUGCCUGGCGACGGUCGAACAUUGACCAAAGAUCAACAAGCCGUGCUGGCGCAGAUCGACGCAGCCGAGAAGAAGGUACUAUCAAUACAGGAGACACGAAAGAGUUUGCCCAUUUACCAAUAUCGAGAUGAAUUCCUCGCUGCACUGGAGCAGUAUCAAGUUCUUGUCAUUGUUGGAGAGACUGGUAGUGGAAAGACGACUCAGCUACCACAAUAUCUCCACGAGGCGGGUUAUACCAAGAACGGCAUGAAAGUGGGAUGUACACAACCUCGGCGAGUGGCCGCCAUGAGUGUAGCAGCUCGUGUAGCCGACGAAGUUGGCGUCAAAGUCGGUAACGAGGUCGGAUACACGAUUCGAUUCGAAGACUGCACCAGCGACAAGACUAUCCUCAAGUAUAUGACUGAUGGAAUGUUGUUAAGAGAAUUCAUGACAGACCCAGGGCUCUCAGGCUAUUCAGCGCUGAUGAUCGACGAAGCUCACGAACGUACCGUACAUACCGAUAUCCUCUUGUCAUUAAUCAAGGAUCUCUCGAGAUCGCGACCUGAUUUGAAGCUGCUGAUUUCGUCAGCUACCAUGAACGCCGAGAGGUUCGCACAGUAUUUCGAUGAUGCACCUAUCUUCAAUAUUCCUGGUCGACGAUAUCCAGUCGAUAUUUACUACACACCUGCUCCCGAAGCGAAUUACCUGGCUGCGGCCAUCACGACAACAUUCCAGAUCCAUACAUCCCAACCCCAGGGUGAUAUUCUGAUCUUCUUGACUGGUCAAGACGAAAUUGAAGCCGCUGAGCUCGAAAUUUCCCAAACAGCAAAAAAGCUCGGCAACCGCAUCAAAGAACUUGUUAUCUGCCCAAUCUACGCAAAUCUUCCCUCGGAGUUACAAUCCAAGAUCUUCGAACCUACACCAGACGGGGCUCGAAAGGUAGUGCUGGCUACCAACAUUGCCGAAACCAGUUUGACCAUUGAUGGAAUUGUCUAUGUUAUUGAUCCAGGCUAUGUGAAGGAAAACGUCUACAAUCCCGCCACCGGCAUGUCGAACUUGGUUGUUGUUCCUUGCUCGAGAGCUUCUGCGAACCAGCGAAGUGGUCGAGCCGGUCGUGUUGGCCCAGGAAAGUGUUUCCGUCUAUAUACAAAGUUCGCAUACAUGAACGAAAUGGACGAAUCAACUACACCAGAAAUCCAGCGAACAAACCUGAACGGUGUCGUGCUUCAACUAAAGUCCUUGGGCAUUAACGAACUCCUCGACUUCGAGUUCAUGGAUCCUCCGCCAACAGAAGCUCUUAUUGGCGCGCUGAAUCAGUUAUUCGCUUUGCAAGCAUUGAACCAUCGUGGGGAGUUGACUAAGAUUGGCCGUCAAAUGGCCGAAUUCCCUACAGACCCUAUGCUGGCCAAGGCCGUAUUAGCUGCCGACAAGGAGGGCUGCGUCGAGGAGGUCCUAUCCAUCGUUUCGAUGCUUGGUGAAGCCUCCGCGCUGUUCUUCCGACCCAAGGACAAGAAAAUCCACGCAGAUAGCGCCCGAAACCGAUUCACAAUCAAGGACGGUGGUGAUCAUAUAACGCUCCUCAAUAUUUGGAACCAAUGGGUUGACAGCGACUUCUCCCCCAUCUGGGCGAAGGAGAAUUUCCUUCAACAACGUUCUCUCACAAGGGCACGCGAUGUUCGCGAUCAACUGGAAAAGUUAUGCGAAAGAGUCGAAGUUGCCCCCUCUACGUGUGGUGCCACCAACCUUCGCCCGAUUAAACGCGCCAUCACAUCAGGCUUCUUCCCCAACGCUGCACGACUGCAGAAAAGCGGUGAUGGUUACAGAACAGUCAAAAACAACACAUCUGUGUGGAUCCACCCCAGCAGCGUUCUGAUGUCCGUCGACCCGCCUGAGAAGAUGGUGGUUUAUUUUGAGCUUGUGCAGACGACCAAGGAAUAUAUGCGUAGUGUUAUGCCGAUUGAGCCAAGGUGGCUAACGGAGUUGGCACCGCAUUUUCACAAAAAGAAGGAUAUUGAGGAGAUGGAGGAGAAGAAAAUGCCAAAGCAAAGUCAACGUUAAUAGUUAUCACGGUGGUACAUUCCGGUCAUAUAAUUUACAAGUUUUGGGAGCAUUUAUGAAAGCUUAGGAUCUUCAUCCCGAUGAAUAAUUUUUUAAAAGUCG